AUGAAUAGGUCCUCCUCUACCAGUGUUAACAAGGACAAUGUGUUGCAACUGACGUAUUACGAAAUAUUUUCUUUAGAUGAGGUGGCGGAGAGUAUCGACCUUCAAGCCUUACAUCGAGCGUACCGUCGCUUUGCCCUGUUAUUUCAUCCCGAUAAGGAUGCUUCACCAGAGGCACGAGAAGCCUUCCUUCGAGUGAAACUUGCAGCGGAGACGCUUAGCGAUCCGAUAAAGCGUCAGGAAUAUAAUGAGCAAUUGCGACGGGAGGCACAUGAGCAACGGGAAGUGAAGGAGCAGCAACGGGAAUGUGGAGUGGGUGAGGAAGCCAUUAUGGCAGAAAUGAUCCUUCGGCAGAAAGAAGCAGAGUCACUAGCUAAAAGCGCCGCGGCAAAUAAGGAGGCUGCUGAGCGGGAGGCCGCUGCAAAGAAAAUGAUUAAUGAACUUACAAAUGCGCUAACGACCCCAUUUAAGCAAAUGGAAACUGCGUUGGUUAGUGAGUGGGAUAUCGACGAGGGCUUGCUUGAUAUGAAAGUGAAUGAAAUCCGCUUACUGUUGCAGAAAUUACAUAACCUUAGUUGCCAUCGUGAAGGCCGCAAAGGUGGUGGUGGAGCUAUGGGUUUUAGCUCGGGUUCUGAGGCCCUUCCCACUGCGGUGAAGCGUACACGCGAGGAAAGUGGUGUCAACAUUACGGCGUAA